CGAGGGCGGGUUGAUGUCAGGGCGGAGAGAAGCAGGCAGGAGCCGCCAGGCGCAGGCAGUGUGGCGGCGGCGGCGGCGGCGGCGGCAGUAGGAGGUGGAGAGGACCGAGAGCAGUAGGCGGCCUGAGGGAGGCGGGCAGGGAGGGUGCCGGCCUUCCCGGCUAUCGCGAGAGGCGCCGCCAGCAGGGGAAGGGAGGGGAAAGAGUGAGGGAGAGGCAGGCAGGCGAGGAAGGGAGCCAGCCAGCGGCUGCCGGCGGCUCUCCUGCUACCAGCAGCUGAGGGGACUCGCAGGCUGCCGUCAUGGCGGGGGCCGGCGGCGGAGCGAGCGGCCCGGAGAAGCGGGCCACGGCGGCGCGCCUGAAAGCGGCCCUCAGUGCCAGCGCCGCCGCCGAGGAGAGCGAGGCUGCGGGGGAGCUGCAGGCGCUGCUGGAGCGGGUGCUGAGCCCGGCGGCGGGCAGCGGCGGCGGCGAGGCGGUGUCGGAGGCGCUGGCGUGGUGCCGCUGCCUGCUUGCGGGCGGCGAGCCCUGGGACAGCUUCGUGCAGGCGGUGAGGGCCUACGACCCGGCCACGCUCUGCGGCCUGGUGUGGACGGCCAACUUCGUGGCCUAUCGCUGCCGGACUUGCGGCAUCUCGCCCUGCAUGAGCCUCUGCGCCGAGUGCUUCCACCAGGGCGAGCACGCCGGGCACGACUACAACAUGUUCCGCAGCCAGGCGGGGGGCGCCUGCGACUGCGGCGACGGCAACGUCAUGCGGGAGGCCGGGUUUUGCAAAAGGCACCAGAUCAAAUCAAGCUCGGAAGUUCCAUCUGUUCCAAAAGACCUGCUAAUAAUGUCAGAACUAGUUCUUCCGCAAUUCAUCUUUUGUCUUAUUCAGUACUUAAGGGAAGGCUAUAAUGAACCAGUUCUUGAUCUACCAUCAGAAAAAGACCUUCACAAAGUUCUUCAGGUAUUGGAACCCCACAUUUCCUUUCUAGAAGAUCUGACAAAAAUGGGAGGAGCGAUGCGUGCAGUCCUUACUCAGGUGUUGACAAAUCAGCAGUUCUAUAAAGAUCUUAGCUCUGGUGGUGGUGGAGAAAAUGCAUGUGCAAAGAAAAGCCAUGAAAAGUAUCUUAUAGCACUGAAAGGUUCUGGACUGACACUUCCUGAAGAUAAGAUGGCAUGUGGAGGGCAGGAACAAGCAGCUGGAUCUAGCACUUUGGUAGCUCAAGGUUUUGCAGGUGCUACACCAACUUCAGGGCAAGGUGACUCUUCAGAUGAGGAGGACCAGGAUGGUAGCCAAGGUGUGGGGAAGCGCAAGAGGGUGAAACUAAGCAGCACCACCAAAGAUCAAUCCAUCAUGGAUGUUUUGAAACACAAAUGUUUUCUAGAAGAAUUAUUAUUUUGGACGAUAAAAUAUGAAUUUCCCCAGAAGAUGGUAACUUUCUUGCUCAACAUGCUUCCAGAUCAAGAUUAUAAGAUUGCUUUUACUAAAACGUUUGUGCAGCAUUAUGCCUUUAUUAUGAAAACACUGAAGAAAAGCCAUGAAUCAGAUACCAUGUCGAACAGAAUUGUACAUAUUAGUGUCCAGCUAUUCAGCAAUGAGGAGCUAGCACGCCAAGUAACAGAAGAAUGUCAGCUACUGGAUAUUAUGGUUACUGUCCUGCUUUAUAUGAUGGAGAGUUGCCUUAUUAAAAGUGAGCUACAAGAUGAGGAAAAUAGUUUACAUGUAGUAGUGAACUGUGGGGAAGCACUACUAAAGAACAAUACUUAUUGGCCUCUUGUCAGUGAUUUCAUUAAUAUUCUUUCACACCAAAGCGUGGCUAAGAAAUUCUUGGAGGAUCAUAGGCUAUUAGUAACAUGGAUGAACUUUGUAUCAUUUUUUCAAGGUAUGAAUUUAAACAAGAGAGAACUUAAUGAGCAUGUUGAGUUCGAAUCCCAAACUUAUUAUGCUGCUUUUGCUGCUGAGCUCGAGGCCUGUGCACAGCCAAUGUGGGGGCUACUAUCUCACUGUAAAGUCAGGGAAACACAAGAGUACACACGGAAUGUUGUUAGAUACUGCCUUGAAGCGCUUCAAGAUUGGUUUGAUGCAAUCAACUUUGUGGAUGAGCCUACUCCUAAUCAGGUCACUUUUCAUCUGCCAUUGCAUCGUUACUAUGCUAUGUUUUUAAGUAAGGCUGUUAAAUGCCAGGAACUAGAUCUGGAUUCCCUUCUUCCAGACCAGGAGAUGUUGAUGAAGUUAAUGGUUCACCCACUUCAAAUUCAGGCAAGCCUCUCUGAAAUCCACAGUAAUAUGUGGGUAAGGAAUGGCCUCCAGAUUAAAGGGCAAGCCAUGACUUAUGUGCAGUCUCACUUUUGUAAUUCCAUGAUUGAUCCUGACAUUUAUCUGUUACAGGUCUGCGCUUCUAGACUUGACCCAGAUUAUUUUAUUUCCUCUGUUUUUGAAAGGUUCAAGGUGGUAGACCUCUUAACCAUGGCUUCACAACAUCAGAAUACAGUGCUCGAUUCGGAGCAUGAGAGAUCAAUGUUAGAAGGCGCCUUAACAUUUCUUGUUAUUCUCUUAAGUCUCCGUUUACACUUAGGAAUGACUGAUGAUGAGAUUCUGAGAGCAGAGAUGGUAGCUCAGCUGUGCAUGAAUGACAGGACUCACAGUUCGCUGCUGGACCUCAUUCCAGAAAAUCCUAAUCCUAAAAGUGGUAUUAUACCUGGAAGUUUGAGCUUUGAAUCAAUGUUAUCAGCUGUGGCUGAUUUUAAAGCUCCUGUGUUUGAGCCUGGGGGCUCCAUGCAACAAGGAAUGUAUACACCCAAAGCUGAAGUCUGGGAUAAAGAGUUUGACCCAGUCAUGGUCAUUCUUCGAACUGUUUAUCGUAGAGAUGUGCAAUCUGCAAUGGACAGAUACACAGCAUUUUUAAAGCAGAGUGGAAAAUUUCAUGGAAAUCCUUGGCCUCCCUACAAGAAACGGACACAUUUGCACUCAAGCUAUAAAGGACUCAUGAGGCUCUUGCAUUGUAAAACAUUACACAUUGUAUUGUUCACUCUACUCUACAAGAUAUUAAUGGACCAUCAAAACCUGUCAGAACAUGUCCUUUGCAUGGUCUUAUAUUUGAUUGAAUUGGGGCUAGAGAACUCAUCUGAGCAAGAAUCUGAUGAAGAAGAUUCUAUGGGAGGACAAGAAUGCUGCCAUGAUAGCUGGUUUCCAGGGAAUAACUUGGUGUCAAACAUGCGUCACUUUAUUAACUAUGUACGUGUAAGAGUACCAGAGACAGCUCCAGAAGUGAAAAGAGAGCCACCAGCAAGUACAAGCUCUGAUGGUCUAGGUGGUUCUCAGAAUCCAAGGCGGUCUAAAGGACUUCAGAGAGAGAAUUCAGGGACAGCGCAAGUGUUCAGUCUGGUGGCAGAACGUAGGAAGAAAUUUCAGGAAAUCAUCAAUCGCAAUACUACUGAAGCCAGUCAGGCAGUUCGACCGAAGACUUCAAUGAAAUGGUCCGCUCCAGGUGCAACUCCCCAGCUAACCACGGCUAUCCUGGAGAUCAAGGAAAGCAUAUUGUCUUUGCUAGUUAAGCUUCAUCAUAAACUGUCGGGAAAGCAAAACUCUUACUACCCUCCCUGGUUGGAUGACAUGGAUGCUUCAAUCCAACAAGAAAACCCUACAUAUUUUCAUGGGGAUGGAAUGACAGCUGUAGAGAGGAUUUUAUUGAAAGCUGCACUUCAAAGCAGAUUAAACAAACGUAUCAUUGAGGAAAUAUGUAGAAAAGUGACUCCACCUGUACCACCAAAAAAGAUCAGUCCUGCAGAGAGGAAAACUUUGGACAAGGAAGAGAGGCGACAGAAGGCCAGGGAAAGGCAACAAAAGUUGUUAGCUGAAUUUGCAUCAAGACAGAAAAGCUUUAUGGAAACUGCCAUGGAUGUUGAAUCGCCAGAUGGAGAGAUUGCUAUGGAGAUAGCAACAUCUGAACAGCAUGUUUCUGAAGCAGUGUAUGACUGUGUUAUUUGUGGACAGAGUGGCCCUUCUACUGAAGAUCGACCAGCAGGAUUAGUUGUACUCUUACAGGCCUCUUCAGUUUUGGGACAGUGCCGCAAUAGUACUGAGCCUAAGAAGCUACCGACCUCUGAAAAGGAGCAGAUAUACCCUUGGGAUACGUGUGCAGCAGUAUAUGAAGCACGACUAGCAACUUUACAGCAGUUCUUUAAAGAUAGCUCCUGUCUGCAAUCAGUGUCAAUUGGCUGGGAAGGAGGUGUGUAUGUACAAACUUGUGGGCAUACACUACACAUAGAUUGUCAUAAAUCCUACAUGGAAUCAUUACGGAAUGACCAGGUUCUCCAGGGUUUCUCAGUGGACAAAGGAGAAUUUACUUGUCCUCUGUGUAGGCAAUUUGCUAACAGCGUCCUUCCAUGUUAUCCUGGCAACAAUAUGGAGAGAACCCUUUGGCAGUGUCACAGUAACAAGAAUAUGCAAGAUCUCAUAAAGGAGGUGGAAGAGCUUCAAGAGCAGCUGGGAACUUUCCCAGUAAGCAUCAGUUCAGAAACCAAUUUAAGUAAAGAAAUGGAGUCUGUGAUGAAAGAUAUCAAAAGUACUACCCAGAAGAAAUAUACUGACUAUAGCAAGUCUCCUGGUUCACCAGACAACGAUUUCCUCUUCAUGUAUUCUGUAGCCAGGACAAACUUGGAACUUGAACUGGUUCAUCGGGGAGGCAAUCUUUGUCUAGGAGGUGCAAGCACAGCUGGAAAGAGGUCAUGUUUACAUCAGCUAUUUCAUGUGUUGGCUAUGCACAUGCGACUCUACAGCAUUGAUUCUGCUUACAACCCAUGGAAGAAGCUAACACAGUUGAUGCAUGACAAGAAUUUGCAGAUGUGUAGCGAAGAACAGCCAGAGGUUCCUGUGCUUUACAGAGAUGUUUCAUCCCUUUUGCUCAUCCAAAUUUUGACCAUGCCACAGCCACUGCACAAAGAACACUUUACCUGUAUCAUAAAGGUACUCUUCACGUUGUUGUAUAUACAAGCUCUCGUCGCACUUUCUGUUAAAUGCAGCACUGAAGACAGAAUGACUUGGAUGAACUCAGGAGCUCUGAAAAAGAAUAUCUCCAAUGCUAAAAAGUCUUGGGAGGCAUUAUUGAAUCACGUGAUUAGUGAACUCUCCAAAGGGAAGAUCUAUGAGCAAGAAGAAACUGAAGAUCUAGCCAUGGACAGCACUAAUCCUUGGUGCCCAUCCUCCAUAGAGACUUAUUUGCAGCAAUUCUGCCUGCCUUUUCUCAGGAUCACCAGCCUUCUUCAGCACCAUCUCUUUGGAGGGGAGUUACCCAGCUGUCAGGAAGAUGAAGAAUUUACAGUUCUUGCCAACUGCCUGGGUUUGUUACCAUCAUCUUUUCAGUCAUCACAUCAGUUCUCCAGUGCCUCUUGUCUUGAUUGGCCAGUGCCAGCCUUUGACAUAGUAUCCCAAUGGUGUUCAGAAUUGGUUUCAUUUGCAGACAAGCAUCCAACACAAAUAAAGAUUUUACUUAUCCGGGAACCUAAAUGGGACUUACCACGUCUUCUGCAGUUGCCUGAAAACUAUAAUACUAUUUUUCAGUACUACCACAGAAAGAGUUGUUCAGUCUGUUCCAAGGUUCCUAAAGAUCCUGCCGUUUGUCUAGUUUGUGGCACGUUUGUGUGCUUGAAAGGGCUUUGCUGCAAACAGCAGAGCUACUGCGAGUGUGUAUUGCACUCACAAAACUGUGGUGCUGGGACAGGAAUAUUCCUUUUGAUCAAUGCAUCUGUAAUCAUCAUCAUUCGUGGUCAUCGUUUCUGCCUUUGGGGUUCCGUUUACCUGGAUGCGCAUGGUGAGGAAGACAGAGAUCUCAGGCGUGGCAAGCCUCUUUAUAUAUGUAAGGAAAGAUACAAAGUGCUUGAACAGCAGUGGAUAUCACAUACCUUUGAUCACAUCAAUAAAAGAUGGGGGCCACAUUAUAAUGGUCUGUAGAUCACUAACCAACACUGCGCCAUCACAUCGCCUUUAUUAUGAAUGCAAAUUGACUGGCUUUCGCUUGUAAGUGAAUGGAAAUUCAGCGACCUCACUGAGAAAAGUGUGGAGCCAUACUAUUGUUUGAAGCCCUGUGUUAGGUAUUGGGCAUAAGAGACUUAAACAUUUUAAAAUAUUAAACAAUUAGGACUAAUUUCGAGUGUAGAAUCUAAAUUCAUUUGGUAGUAGUUGCUUUCUAAUCCACUAAUAAAGCACAAUUUGUACUUUAAAGAUGCCAGUAAAUGGCUCUUGAGCAUUUUUAUUUUUACCUGGUCGGCGUUGUUGAUUCUGAAACACUGUAUAUGUGUAGUGCACCUGCUAAACAUACUGCUUUUCCCCCAGUACCUUCCUUUGUGUUGCUUUAAGAUUUUGCUUGAUAUGUAUUUGUAAGUAUACAAGAGUUGUAACACUUUUGAUUUGUGAGAUUGUAUAGAAAUGGUCUAAAGGAUUUUUAGAGAAUAUUUCACGUAUUGCCAGAGAGCUGAAAUAGUUUCAGGCAUUGCUGAAAACCUUAUUCAUUCUCAGGAAUUUCAUAGAUAUACUCCAGAGAUUAGUGAAAUAGCUAUAAAAUAGGUAAUUUGCUGCUCUUAAUGUAAUACAGUACAUAUACAGUAUUCUGUCUUUUGCCAUUUCAGUUAGCUUUAUUUACUAGUAAAUACUAACACAUUGAUUUUAUUGUGUGUGUGUGUGUGUCUGUGUGUCUGUGUGUACACACACACACACACACACAUACCAUUUGUAAGAUGCCCCAAAUAGUCGAUCAUAAUCCCAACACAAAAUGCCCCAGAAUGGUGGAUCAUAAUCCCAACCAGAUCUGCCACAUCUCUCAUUUCCACCUAGCUGAGCUUCAGUGAUGGUGGUAGAAGACACGCUGGGCACUCUGGAAAUGACACAUAAUUUGGAUCUUUCCUGUAAGUGCAAGUGGCUUCUUUCUAUUCUUUAUAGAGCAAUCACUGCCCUUUCUGCUUGGUCUUGAAUAUGGGAGAUUUUUUGGUGGGGGGGCAGGAGUUAAUUUGUGAGGUGGCACUAGGUGAAUGAAUAUUUUUAUCUGCAUCUCAUGUGCAAAAUGCCAAAUUAACAGCCUUGCUCUGAUCCAGUGAAGUGCAUGUGGAACAGCCAAAGCUGUAUACCAAGUCCUUCUAGACAAAUAAAGCUUUAAUUCAGCUGCUAAGCUGUUUGGCAGGAAGAGGGGACAAUUCAGCCCCGAAUUCCCACUCUCAAACAGCUGAUUACUAGACUCGGCUACUGGAUCAGAGGGGGGAACCAUAUGCACAGAGCACCUAGUUGGGCACAUGGUUCUCCAGAGAUCCACCAGCCAGCCAGGGAUCUGUGUACGGAAGCCUUGUUUCCAUCCUCAUGCUCUUAGCUGGACAAUCUACAUCCUUGAGAAAACCCCACACUUAAACCGUCAGAGAAGAUUAUAGACCAAUGCUGAUAUGUAAUAUGUUGCUGCCAAAUCUCUCCCACCCCCUCUUCCUUUUCACAGAGUAAUCAAACAUCUGUUGACUAUUUAAACAGUGCCCUCAGGUGCUUCUGAUACUUUACAUACUUUGACUUACAUAGCUUUUCCUGUAAAGUAAAGUUUAUAUAUGUAAACUAAUUUUUAAAAAACACAGAAUUGUCAUAAAACCAUGUAUUCAAUUGAAAGCUGCUUUCUGUUCAAAAGUCUGACUGAAAAUUGCAUAGGAAAUAAAAUGAACCAGUGGGAAUGCAGGAAAGUUCAUGUAAAGUUGGGGAGGGGGCCUAUUUAUAUUUUCACAAACAUCUAGAAGUAAAUACAUGGCAACAGUUUGCUGUUUAUAUAAAAUAGUGUGUGAAUAUGUAUUAUAUAUAUACACAUGCGCGCACACACACAGAUUUUUCCAGUGAGUCUACAAUUCUUUCACCAACCGUAAAAUGGUUUCCCAAAACAUUUUCCAGACCAUUGUUACAUUUUUAAUAUUGUAUCAUAUGUUUCGCCUGUAAUAUUUUUUCAUUGCUCGCUUACGAGUAUCAGGCCAUUUUGUAAGCACAGUUGACAAGCAGAAAUAUUGAUGACAUGUCCCAGCAUAAUUCGUAUUACAGGGCUCUUGAAUUUGACUGCUUUGUGUAGUUUGAAACUUCACAGGAGAUGAUAUCUCCAGAAAUCAAUAAAAAUGUGUUAUUUAAGGUGGAAUGUUUUAUGAUUGUGUAUAUGGAUGUGAAGUAAAAUUAUUAGCCUUAACUUAAAAACCUUUGUGUUUCAUGGUGUUCAUUUUGGUACUGGUGAAUUAGUCACUGGUCAGUUUAAAACAAAAAAGAAAAGGCACUUGUUUGAAAAUCCUACUUGAAAUAUGCCUGCAUGCUGCUGAACUAGAACUUUGAUUACUCCCCUAAUGUUUUGAAAAUCUGCUAACAGGUCCAAACUAAAAUGGGGUGUGCGUGCGUGUGCGUGUGCUGCUGCUGCUAUUCCUCCAAUGUACUGGUGUGGUAUCUUGUAUGAAUGAUCAUUUAAGUACAGUACAUUACUGUAGAAACAGAAUCAGUCUUUGACACAUCAAAAUACAAAAUGAGAAGUACCAUAAUCAACAUUGUAAAAUAUGUUAAUAAAAGUCUACUGUCAAUA